UCAAUCAAAUAUUACUGCGCCAUAUUGUCGUAUUAUGUGCACAACCUCUGCCAGUAUAUACUACUGCCUCAUUGAUUAUACGUGAUCUCCGAAUCGUUGUUGGAACAAAAUGCCAAAGUCGAAAAGGGAUAAGAAAAUAUCUCUUACGAAGACAAGUAAGAAAGGGCUUGCAUUGAAACAACAGAUCGUGGAAGAUGUUAGGAGUUGCGUCGAGAAAUACAAACGGAUAUUCCUUCUAUCGGUGCAUAAUAUGCGUAACAAUAAACUUAAAGAUUUGCGAGCCGAAUGGAAAGACAGUCGGUUUUUCUUUGGGAAAAACAAAGUGAUAGCGUUCGCGUUUGGCACAUCGCCGGAGAACGAAAUCGCAGAGGGUCUUCAUAAAUUAUCUGCAAUAUUAAGGGGACAGUGUGGUUUACUCUUCACGAACAGAAGUAAAAAGGAGGUUUUAAAAUGGCUCGAGGAAUAUGAAGAAAUAGACUAUGCUAGAUCUGGAUUUGUCCCUGAAGAGACUGUAACUUUACCUGAAGGACCGAUGCCGGAAUUCUCGCACAGCAUUGAACCACACUUAAGGCAAUUAGAAAUGCCUACAUCGUUGCAGAGAGGGGUGGUAACUUUGAUCAAAGAAUAUACUGUGUGCAAAGCAGGACAACCAUUGACUCCGGCACAAGCAAGGAUUUUGAAAUUGUUAGAGAGACCAUUGGCAGUGUUUAAGCUGGUACCUUUAGGCAUAUAUACUAAAAAGAAUGGUUACAAACAACUUGCAUCUAACGACGACACGAAGGAGAAUGUAGAGGAGAUGGAAGCAGAAGAAACAGAAGAAACUGAUAAUACAUAAAAUACCAUCUGUCAUAUAAUGGUAGAGCAAUUAUGAAUAUUGUAUAACUUUAAAUACCUGUUUAUAUCUAUAUGUAUCCUACAUAUACAUAUACAUUAUGUACAAAGUUGAAUUUUUAUAUGUAAAUCGUAUUGAAAAGAGAAA